AUGUUUAAUCAGUCGGGCAUCGAAUCCACGAAGGGUAGUCUUGAAACAUUCUUAGGAUCAUUAGAAGAAUCAUCCAGUGAAGAAGACGAAAUUGUAAAUUCUACUGUUGAAGCAGAAAAUGAAGAAGAUGAGGAAGACGCAGAAGACGACGAUAUGGACAAUGAUGAUGAAGAUGAUGAAGAGGAUUUUGAAGAAGAAGAAGAGGAUGAAGAAAGCAUGGAAUUCCAAAAAAAUAUGAAAGAUGAGCCCGGAUCAGGAAGCGGGUGUACAGCUGUGGUAGCUUUGUUACGAGAAAAUCAGUUGUUUGUUGCAAAUGCAGGGGAUUCAAGGUGUAUCGUCUGUCGAAGCGGAAAAGCAGUUGAAAUGAGUUUUGACCAUAAACCCGAAGACCAGCCUGAAGAGGAACGAAUUAAAAAAGCUGGCGGCAAAGUGACUGCAGAUGGUCGUGUAAACGGAGGUUUGAAUUUGUCUCGAGCACUUGGUGAUCACGCAUACAAACAAAAUAAAGAACUGUCCGAUCGUGAGCAAAUGAUCACAGCUCUACCGGAUAUCAAAACUUUAACGAUUAAUCCAGGACAAGAUGAGUUUAUGGUGUUGGCAUGCGAUGGCAUUUGGAACUCCAUGACUAACCAGGAAGUUGUUGAUUUUAUCAGGAGUCGUAUUGAAAAAGGUGAAACAAGAAUGUCACGAAUAUGUGAAGCGGUAAGUCAGUUUUUGUACCAUUUAAACUAUUUAAUGCCGUAAAAGGUAGAGGUAAACGGGAGGUGCAGUAAUUUUAAGAGUUAACAAUUUG